AUGGCAGCCAUCAUCUCCGUGGUGGUCAUAUCCUCCUCCUCCUCUUCUGCUCCUAGGAAGCCAAAACAUGAUUCUAAAUGGUACGAAAUGAUCAAGCGACGCAAUGCCUUUAAGAGGAAAAAGAAGACUCCAGUCGUUUGUUUCGAAACGGCUACAACUUUGGAAGCCUCUCAUGGGCUUUCAUGGGUUCGAGUUUGCUUGCUUGGCAAAGGAGGAUUUGGUUCUGUCUUUUAUGCUAAAACAAGAACAACCAUCAAUCAGGGAACUCAUCUUCCUCCUCAAAUGGCAGUCAAAUCUGCAAUUAUGGAUCAAUCAUCUUCAUUAAAGCAUGAGAAACAAGUUCUCUGUGAUCUUACUUCCAGUCCGUACGUGGUUCGUUGUUAUGGAGACGAAGUCACGCAUAUGGCUAAUGGGGUGAAAGUAUAUAACUUACUCUUGGAGUACUGUUCGGGACUUAGUUUAGAACGACAAAUAAGAUUAUCCGGUUUUGGGUUGGCUGACUCUGAUGUUAAGUAUUAUUCAAGAGACGUUCUUCAGGGGUUGAAGCACAUUCACUGUCGUGGCUACAUCCAUUGCGAUAUCAAGCCCGACAACAUUUUGCUAGUGCCUGGUAGUGGAGAAAGGAAGGGAACUUUUGUAGCAAAGCUUGCGGACUUUGGAUUGGCUAAGGCAGUGGAUGAAGAGUGCCAUGAUUUGAGGGGCACAACCAGAUAUAUGUCUCCAGAAUUGGUGAGAGAAAAAAAGAUUGGGUAUGCUACAGACAUUUGGGCCUUUGGAUGUGCUGUGUUGGAGAUGCUAACCGGAAAACCAGCCUGGGAGUAUUCAGAAGUUAAAGAUCUUCUGUGGGUGAUUGGAUAUACAGAUGAACUGCCUCAAAUACCCAGUAAUGUAUCAGAAGAUGCAAAGGAUUUCCUGAGUCGAUGUUUUGUUCGUACUGCUGCUCAUAGAUGGUCUUCUGAUUGCUUACUAGAGCAUCCAUUCCUCUCUGUGAACUAG